AUGAAUGCGCCAGCGCUUUAUAAGCGGCUGCUUCCAGUCAGCUCAUCUCAGUCUGAAGCGUCUGGAAACAGGAGAACCUACUAUCUAGCUACAAUAGUUUCACAAUUCUAUCAUUUUCCCCUAGUUUAUUUUUAUCAAAUGAUGGCGUCUAAGAUGAAGGAUCGCAAGAAAACUCCUGUUUCUCACAAGGUCAUUGAGAAAAGAAGAAGAGAUCGAAUCAACAGAUGUCUAAACGAGCUGGGAAAGACAGUUCCUAUGGCACUGGCUAAACAGAAUUCUGGGAAACUCGAGAAAGCAGAAAUCCUGGAAAUGACAGUGCAGUAUCUGCGCGCGCUCCACUCCGCAGACUUCCCGCGCGGGAGAGAAAAAGGAGAAUUGCUGACAGAGUUUGCGAAUUACUUUCACUACGGCUAUCACGAGUGCAUGAAGAACCUCGUUCACUAUCUGACCACCGUGGAGCGAAUGGAGACCAAAGACACCAAGUACGCACGGAUCCUCGCCUUCCUGCAGUCCAAAGUCGUUACCGAGCCCGUGUUCGGCUCGUUAGGUACCAUCUCUCCAGACCCUACGGACCUUCUGUGCCAGCUGGAGUACCAGAGUCCAAGUCCAUCCGAGUCAGUGUUUCAGCAGAGCCCUCCCGGACACUUUUCCUGGCACAGCUCGGCGCGGAACCCCGCGCUCGCGUACCCAGCGAUGUCUCAGCACAGCGGGUACUUGUCACCGGUUCAGGGACUCGAUCACCAUUACAUGAACUUCAUCGGGCACUCACACCCACACAAUGCCUUCAGCUUACACAAUGCACAACACGCUGCUCUGUAA